CGUCAGUCUCUCUCGACGUUACGACUCGUGAUAGGCAUUGUACCCACCAUGACCGACGCUCACCUUGAAAAGAACACUACGAGCCUGCACGAGGACCUUAAAAGUGACAACACACACAUUGUUGCCGAGCACGGUCACGCAGCGACCGAUAUCUACGGCAAUGCACUCCUCACGUUCGAUCCCAAGGCCGAGGCUAAGCUGAGAUGGAAGAUCGACCUCUACAUCAUCCCCACAGUAGCUCUACUGUACCUUUUCUGCUUCAUCGACCGUGCGAACAUCGGCAAUGCUCGUCUGGCCGGUCUCGAGAAGGACCUGGGUCUGGAGGGCUACGACUACAACCAGGUCUUGUCGGUUUUCUACAUCAGUUACAUCAUCUUUGAGAUCCCCUCCAACAUCUGCUGCAAAUGGAUAGGCCCCGGAUGGUUCAUCCCCACUAUCUCGCUGUGCUUCGGCGUUGCAUCCAUCGGCACUGCGUUCGUCCAUGAUAUUCACAGCAUCAGCGGUGUCCGCUUCGUCCUGGGUAUCUUUGAGGCUGGCAUGCUGCCCGGUAUUGCCUACUACAUGUCCCGCUGGUACCGCCGCUCUGAGCUGGCUUUCCGUCUCUCGCUCUACAUCGUUAUGGCACCACUUGCUGGCGCCUUUGGUGGUCUUCUGGCAUCUGCAAUCCUCACACUGGAUUCGUUCGGCUCCCUGCACCGCUGGAGGAUGAUCUUCGCUAUUGAGGGCAUUGUCACCUGCGUUCUUUCUCUGAUCUCCUUCAUCACACUUACGGAUCGACCAGAGACUGCCAGAUGGCUGACGCAGGAAGAGAAGGACCUGGCCAUUGCUCGUGUCAAGUCUGAGCGCGUCGGACAGAAUGAGGUUCUCGACAAGCUCGACAGGAAGAAGACCUUCCGCGGUAUCUUCAACCCCGUCGUCCUCGUUACAGCCGUCAUCUUCCUUCUCAACAACAUCACCGUACAGGGCCUUGCCUUCUUCGCACCUACUAUCGUGCGAACGAUCUAUCCGGGCACUAGUGUCGUGCACCAGCAACUUCGCACCGUCCCACCCUACAUCGUCGGCGCAUUUUUUACACUGCUCUUCCCUUUCCUCAGCUGGCGCUACGACAGGCGUACGAUUUUCAUGAUUGCAGGUGCACCGCUCAUGAUGGUUGGUUACAUCAUGUUUUUGGCCAGUACUGAGCCACAGGUCCGCUAUGGAGCCACCUUCCUCAUCGCCUCUGGUGCGUUUGCAUUCGGCGCUCUCUGCAACGCGCAAGGCUCUGCGAACGUUGUAACUGAUACUGCGCGCGCCUCUGCUAUCGGCGCCGUUGUCAUGUUCGGCAACGUUGGAGGUCUGAUCUCGACAUGGAGUUUCUUGCCUUUCGAUGCACCCAACUACCCCAUCGGCAACGGAUUGAACUUGGCGACCAGCAGCACGAUCCUCAUCUUGAGCAUUGCGCUCUUGUUCUGGAUGAAGAUGAGCAACAGCAAGCGCGCGCAGAUCGAUGUGGAUGCUGAGCUUGCGGGCAAGUCAGCGGGCGAGAUUGAGGAUUUGGACUGGAGGCACCCUUCGUUCAGGUGGAGGCCUUGAGCUGGCGGAUUGUCGAGAACCAGCGACGUUCUAGCUACGGAUGUGUGUAAACAACACAUAUCGGCUCAUACAUAUCAAUUUGAACAAAAAAAUUCGUG